AUGGGAGCUGCCGAUGCCAGCUCGGUCGAGCAAAAGUCCGAGCACGACGCCAUGUCGGACUCCAAGCAGGCCAUGGAGAAGGUCGCGUCGAUGCCCUCGGAGACGGCCAAUGUCGCUGACGAGGACGAGAGAUCGGUCAAGCUGAGCGGAAAGACCAUCAUGGCUGUGACGGCCGUGUGCUUGAUCUACUUUGCGCAGCUGACCAUCCUGGUGGGAGUCGGAGCCCAAGGACAAACCAUUGCCGGACACUUUAACGCGACAGACAAAGUCAGUUGGCUUUCUGCGCCCAUCACCAUCUUCACGGUCGUGUUAUGCCCCAUGGUCUCGCAGGCCUGUGACUACUGGGGCCGCAAAUGGUUCCUCACCAUUCUCGUCUUCAUCGGCGCGCUCGGCGCCCUCAUCAUCGCCCAGGCAAAGUCAAUCAACAUGAUCAUCGCCGGCGUCUCCGUCAUGGGCGUCGCCUUUGGCAACCAGCCGCUGCUCCACGCCGUCGUCUCCGAGGUCCUGCCACGUCGCUGGCGAGGCUACGGCCAGGGAGGGACCGCGGCCGCAAACUCCAUGGGGUCCGUCUUCGGCGUGGUGGUCGGCGCGGCGCUCAACAGGACCAACGACCCGACAAAGGACGGGUUCCGUACCUACUUCUACAUCGUCAUGGCCGUGCACAUAGUCGCCGGCUUGCUGACUCUCGUGGGGUACAACCCGCCUCCGACGAAGAAGCAAAAGGAGUUUCGCGGACGCACCAUGGACAAGCUUCGGACGCUCGACUGGGGUGGCUUUGCGCUGCUGGCGGCGGGACUGACCCUCUUCUGCCUGGCAUUGUCGUGGUCCCAGAACCCAUACCCGUGGUCGGAACCUCACGUCUGUGCAACAUUUGCAGUCGGCAUGGCGUUCGCCCUGGGCCUCGUCGUCUAUGAGACGUGGUUUGUCAAGGAGGGCAUGUUCCACCACGGACUCUUCAAUAUGGGCCGCAACUUCCCUAUAUGCUUGUUCUGCAUCUUUACCGACGGCAUCGCCUUUUUCGCGGCAAACCUUUACUUUGCUUUCGAGGUCAACAUGUUGUACGAGAAAGACACCAUGCUCGUCAAUGCCAGACUCGUCGUCUGGUUCGUCGCCUGCAUAGUGGGUGCCAUGGCUACGGGGCUGUGGUGCGCGAGGUUCCGCAACGCUCGCUGGCUCACCGUCUGCGCGCUGCUCCUCAUGACCAUCUCCUUUGCCUUGUUUUCCAAGGCGGACCGUUCCACCAACAACGCGGUUUGGGGAUACGCUGUGCCUCUGGGCAUAGGUCUCGGCAUGUCCAUCACGACCCUGGUCACCAUCGCCCAACUGUCCACACCUCCGGGCCUGAUUGCCCUUGCCAGCGGCCUGAUGAUCUCUGUGCGGUCGAUCGGUGCCACCUGUGGUAUCGCCAUUUACAACGCCAUCUUCGUGGCCGAGAUGUCCCACCUGGGCGACAACGUUGCCCACGCCGCCAUCUCACAUGGGCUCAAUCCGCAGUUCGUGGGCCAGUUCAUCGGCGCGCUGACCUCGCGCAACGAGACCCUCAUGGCGAUGAUACCCAACGUAACCGGGGAGAUAAUCGAGGCCGGUGCUGAUGCGCUAGUGGGAACCUAUAACACGGGAUUCGACCACGUCUGGAUCGCGGCCGCAAGCUUUGCGGCCUUGGCGGCCCUCUCUGCCGCCUUCCUGUAUGAUCCCGUCAAGGAAUUCAACAUGCGCGUGGAUGCGCCCAUGGAGGAGAAGAGCGAAGAGGAAUCUGUAAUCUAGUUUUCGAGAAGCUGCGCACCGUCUUCAGCCUUACUUUUGCCAGGCAUAUGGCAGAGCCGCAAC